UACAAAAGGUAACCAGCGAUCUUUUGCGAAUGUGAACCAAUUCAAGAUAAUUUAGGAAACAAUUUUGACACUUGGACUUUGAACAUUAAAUGAAUUGAUUCUGCCGGUGCAUAUAAUUUUCUUUCAAGUGAUAACUUUCCGUGAAAAGAUGGAGGGUAAUCAACAAUUCAACCUACGAUGGAAUAACCAUACGAACAAUAUUUUGCAGGUAUUCAUGGAACAUUUAUCGUCAGAACAAUUGGUUGAUGUAACUCUAUCUUGUCAAGGGCGAUUCGUAAAAGCACAUAGAAUGAUAUUGUCUGCGUGCAGUCCAUAUUUUCAGGAACUCUUCAAACACCAUACUGCAAAACAUCCUGUGGUAAUUUUGAAUGGUAUCAAGUGUGAAGAUCUUCAAAUGAUCAUUAAAUUUAUGUAUCAUGGUGAAAUCCGUGUACAAGAAACCGAAUUAGAUGACUUACUUGCUGCGGCUGAAACACUUCAAAUCAAAGGUCUUAGCAAUGUUCGAAAUAAAUAUGAGAAAGGUGAAAUACAAUCACAGAAUGUGAAGAAAAAUUCAGUGCCACCACAAGAGAAUAAUACCAGGAAAAAAGUUGCACCUCAAGUACUGGAUAACUCACGUAAAGCUACGAAGAGUACAGAAAAAAAUAAACUUCCACCAACUGAGCCACCUCGUGUUCGGAAACGGCGCAAGAUGUCACAUACUAUUAAUGAACUGGCUAAGGAAACAGUAUUCACUAGUAAUGGAGCAGUUUGUUUGAAUCCCCAAUCAGUAGGAAAUGAAACUGAUCCAGUGGUACCAAUGGUAGUAUACUUUUUUCAGAUCAAAGUUGAACCGCCCGAUAUAAAGGAUGUUUCUGAUGAGGAUGAAUCUCAUUCUCCAUCCUCUAGUGAGUUUCAGGUGAAAACAUUGAGGAUAAAAGGCAAAGGGAAACCAGCAGGUCAGAAGGCUGUUAUAAUACGAGAUAAGGCUCGAGUACCUGACAAAAUUCCUCGCCCACCUAACGCUUUUAUGAUUUUUGCUAAUGAAUGGAGACGAAAGAUGGCAUUCAAGUACCCUAAUGAAAGCAACAAAGAAAUAUCAGUAAGACUAGGUGUGAUGUGGAAAGGAUUGGAUUUUCAUGCAAAAAAUGCUUACUUUGCAUCAGCAAAGAAAGCAGACGAAGAUCAUAAACGAAAAUAUCCUGGCUAUUAUUACAGUCCUAAAGAAGCACGUCUUAGAAAGAACUUGAAACAAGAUUUAAUGUUAGCCCGAUGUCUGCCAACUAAUAUUCGGGACAUUGAUGCUGCACGUCUUGUCAAGGUUUUCAUAAAUGUGGAUGAGCACCAAGGAAAUAUGGCUCGCAUAUCACCGAAGAACAAAGAUAAUGAUGGAGAUCAUGAUCAAGAUGAAGAUGGAUGCAAGAAUGAAGACCAUGAUGGGGACGAGGACGAUCCUCUGCAGCCAGACAAAUUGGUUGAAAAAAUGCAACUGUCUGAUGAAGAUAAAGAUAACGUCUAUCUCUCCUCUAUAUCAACCCCAUAAGUUAUCUGUACUGUCAAAAUGUUUCUUCACUUUACUUGUGUAUUUUUAAAUCAAUCAGUGAUUGAUAAGUUUUAUUCUAAGAAGAUGGGAAAGUUUUUAACGCAGAAACCAAACAAGGAUACUAAUCGAGCAUGCUAUUCACAUGUUCAACAGUAUCUACACAGUUGAUGUAGAACCAUCCAAAUGAUGUAAAACGCAUUCGUAACGUACUCGAAAUAUUCGGUUGUAUCAGAAUUAUUUUAUUUACUUUCCAUAUCGCGUAAUAUCAUAAGAACAUAUUCUGGUGAUCAAUUUUUUAUAGUAAAGCUAACUUAUUGCUGAACAUUAAAUAAUCACCCGAUUGUAAGAACUACGAAUAAUUUCGUUUUUGCCUGAUGACGUAUUUUUAAUCGCUAUAUAUAAUAAAGUAGGAUAUUAUUAAACCACCAGUUAAGUUGGAUCGUUCUACAGGAAAGUAUAUGGCAAGAAAUGUACUUCCUAUAGAACAGUCCAAUUUAACCGUUGGUUCAAUAUACUCUACUUUACUACAUACCGCAUAUAAGGCUAAGGCGGCGAAACACAAAAUAAUGAAGUCAAGCAAUUAAAUUUCGGUGAUUUACCUUAAUAGUACUAAUGCGGUUGUAUUGUCCAAUCUGAUAUAUAAUUUCUGUUUAACUGAGAAAUGAAAAAAUUUAAUACACAUAAAAAUAUGUCAUGCAAAUACCCAGUAGCAGCAUGUGGCAAAUAUUAUUUCAUUGAAUUUGUUUCACUAGAAAUCUUAGUAUUUCUAAUUUUUGCAAACCAUAAAUAAUAUAUUAUGUUUAAAUAUAUUAUAAUUAACACGUUAUAGUGCAUUUUAAAUUAAUUGUAAGAUAUGCAAAAGCACAGUCUAAUUGAUCAAACAAAUAAAAAAGCAAAUAUAUCAUUUGAUUAUGUAGAUGUAACAUAUAUAAUAUAUACCUGGAGAUUGGACUUACAACUCAUGGCUUAAUACAUGGUUUUUAUAGUACACUCAUCCAGUUUGUAUUACAUUUCAAAUAAUACAGAAGUAGUCAUAAUAAACAUGAUCGUAAUUCCAAAUUUUUUAAUAAAGUAAAGUAGGCGGGAAUAAAAAUAAUACAAAUUAUUCUUGUAUCAUUUAAUAUAUUAGGUACAUCGAUUUUGGAACAUGUAAUAUCGUCGUACUAGGGUUUUGGUGGAAUCGAGAUCCUACGAAAAAUUUCACUUAGAGAUAAAUUAGUAGUACACCAUACGCGUUAAUAGAAUACAUAAUUCUAUACAUGUGAAUUUAUUUAUCGUUUAAUUAUUCUGAACGAUAAAUUCGAAUAAUUUCCUAUCAGUACUGUAGUAUUGUGACCUAUGACUGUGAUAACUCAAUUUUUUCAAUUAACAAUUAAUCGCAAGUUUCAUUGUUGACUUGUGCUCAGAAUGAAUACAACGUACACGUGAAAAUAUGCAAAGCCACUAUUUAAAAUAUUAUCAUAUUAAGUCAGCAAGUAGGUACCGCAAUAAAGCUUUGAAAAAUUCAUAAUGCAGGUAUCUCAUCUUUUCUUGAGCAUGAACUUGAAAAUCUUUCAAUAAUGGGCAACUUGUAAAGAUGUAUAUUAGGUAUUUCGUGGUCACAACCAAGCUAAAAUUAAAAAAUGUGAACUUAAGAAUUCUGUUACAAGAAAUAAAUUAGAUGAUUACGGUAGUACACAUUAAUCGAAAAUAAUACGAAAAUUACAUCACAAACAAAAACUUACGAAGCCGGUAUUUAAAAAUGUAAAAUUCAAAUUAAUCUGUUUGUUGACAAAUUACAAAUAAAAUUAUUGCUGAUAUUUACAACGUUAUAACUAAUAUAGUUUCGUCAGGAUUAGAAAAUACUGUUCAUAAUGUAUAAGUAUCUGAUUGUGAGAAUUAUGCCACGGAGCAAAAGACAAAAAUACUUGCUCCAUGGGCCGUCAAUUUUCACACUACAUAUAAAUACAAAAUUAUGACGUUCUAAAUAAUACCAAUUCUAUACCUAUUAUUAUUUUCGAGUAAAUAAAAUACUAGACAUUUUCACAUGUCAAAAAAAAAAAAAUUACAGAUUGCGUAUUCACAGCUUCAGGUUAUAUUAUACAUAUGUACCUGUAAUGUACGGUCAUGUCUAAGCACCAAUUGCGGUACCAGGGAAAUU